AUGGCGUCGUUCGACAACAGCGGCAAUGGACCCCUCCAGGUUCCGGGCUUUGGUUCCAUCGCCCUGGACUACGACCUGCCCCGCGAGGCUCGCUUCGCCCACGGGCUCGUGGAAUUCCGGCACACGCCUCGCUUGACGGCGCGUGAGAUGGCCAUGCUGCGGGUUAUGCAGCGCAUCACCGAGCAGCCUGGGUGGCAUCAAGCAUUGCUCGAGCACAAUGAAGCCCGUCUUGCACAGUGGCAUCGCGAGGCACAAGCAGAGGAGGGGUUCCUCCUCAGCGCGGCUGCCUGGGACUGGUGCGUCGCCGAAUUGCGCGACAAAGCCCAGUCUUGGGAGCAAACCGGGCGCAUGGUGGUCUUCAAUACCUCCACCACCGUCUGCCAGUCAGACGUGCGGCCAGUGCAGCCUGACAUCCAGCGGGAGGUGGCGCGGCUAUGGCAGCAGACAGGUGCCCCUGUCUGUGGCACUGCUGCUGUCUGGUGCCAUAUAGUGGAUCCGUCGUUGUUUCCUCUUAUCUAUGGCCGCACACGGGUGCUUGCCAACGGUGGAACGGUGCGUCUGGAGGAUCCAUGGAGCAUAAGGAGACAACAACCGGUUGAAACUGCACCCACUCAUGUCCACCCGCUCGACCAGAUGCGCUUCCCAGCCGAGGUCGACGGGCGGACUGGUCAACGCAUUAUUUGGCGCUCCAUGGGGGCCGAGGAGAGCUGUUGGUCAAAUCGAUUUCAAUGGCUGCCCUGCGAGGUUGAGUUUGACGCGUCAAGCACACCAGAUGCACCCAAUGUCCGGAUCACCUCCUAUGUCAAUAAUCUCCAUCCACACCACCAUCAGGCUAUGUAUGCGCAGCUGGAACGGCUCAUCUCCCUCUCGGUGCCCACAUGGAACGAGGUGUUAUCCUACGGGAUUAGAGGCCGCCAUCCACCACGCAUCCUGACCUAUGGCUGUCACAUUGAGUACCAAAUUUGCCCAGACUGGACCAAAAGGCUACUGGCAUUCUGGAGCCCGCUGUCCGAUGAGGAAUUGCAGGAGAUGCGUGAUCUCAUCCGCGACUAUCUCGCUCGCCCAGAGCCUCCCCGCUGGAAACAAGCAGUACCUCGGGGGCGUCGACCGGCAGACCUACUCAAGUAUCUAACCCCGGAGAAAUGGGCCAUUCAAGACGAGCUUGCCGACGCAGUACGAACAAAAUGUGAUCGACUAGCCUGGUUUGAUCACCCAGAGCCAGGCGUCUCGUUUUCCUACGAGCAGUGGAAGGAAGGCUGGUAUACCGGCCGCGCUAUUAUCCCACAGGCGGCUGGAAGAUACCCUGAUCCGCUGCACCACGGUGAUGCUUCAGUGACGCUGGAAGAGGAGUUUAAAAAGGACGGUCUGCAGGUCGUGGUUCAGAUCUCACGCAUCGACCUCACGCCGGAGAAGCCAACGUACGAGGGAGAAGCUCAUUUCCACACAGAGGGGCUACGCAAUGAGCACAUUGUCGCCACGACCAUGUACGUGGUUGAAGCGGAGAAUAUCACGCAACCCCGAGUGUCAUUCCAACAUGAGGAUAAGACACAUCCGAUUGAGUACAAGUGUGAAGAGUCAGAUGUGAUACAAUGGAUUCUGGAUGCUGAAUGGAAUCCUGAUUGGGACCCCUACUGGGAGAAUUUCGACUGGAAUACUUUUGAUGACCCUGACUGGAACCCUUUUGAGGACCCGGAGCCUAAAGCCCUGCACACAUUUGGCUCUGUCCCGGCGUCAGAAGGCCAUCUGCUUAGCUGGCCAAAUACUCUACGCUCAAAGGAGGAGUCGUUUUCCCUCCAGGACUCCAGUCGUCCUGGGCAUCUGACCGUCAUUAAACUCUACCUGGUAGACCCGCAUUACCGCAUCUGCUCCACAAGAAAUGUGCCCCCUCAGCAGCACGACUGGUGGGCCGAGGUAGCGCGGAGUGCGGCAGACCUUGACAUCCGUCUGCCUCCGGAAUUGGUGUCUCUGGUGAUGGAGCAGACGGACUGUUCGCCUGUAUCCACGACGGAGGCACUGCGACUUCGCGAGGAAUUCUGCCGUGAGCAGGAGCACGUACGGCAAGUCUGCGAGGAUGCCGUUGGCCACCACCAGCUAAUGAUUCCUUACUCUCCUACCGUGGUCAGCGAAUAUGCGCGAGUAUACGAGUCUCCGUGA